AUGUUUGCGGUUCCCGGUUGGUCAGUCGAGUCCAGAACUCUCAAAACACAAACAGUAGGUUCAAUCCCCGCAAAAACCACUUCUGCAGCCACAGACGACAAUGAAGAAGGCAGCAAGAAAGCCAACAAGAAGCGCAAGCGGGGAAAACACGCCGACGAUGUCAAUUCUUCCAAUGUCGCAGAAUUAUACGAGACCGUGAUCGAGGGUAGGCCCAAGGUUGAUAACUCGGGUGAAAAGCGACAGAAGAUUUCCAAAGAUGGUGCUGCCGAGGAGACCGAAGCCGUCGUGCCCAAAGUUAAGGGUGUAAAGCAAGAGAAGAAGAAGAAGGAAAAGACAUUGAAGGAUAAGAAACGGGAGAAGAAAUUACGAGAGCAAUCCGGAGAAACGCCUGUCGACAAGACCAAGCCCGCAGAAUCGAAGAAGGCAGCAAAAGAAGUACCAGUGGCUGCACCCGCUCCAACACUGACACCUCUCCAAGCAUCUAUGCGCCAGAAACUCAUAUCAGCUCGAUUCCGCCAUUUGAACCAAACUCUGUAUACCACUCCAUCCGCACACUCCCUCUCCCUCUUUUCAGAGAACCCGGAAAUGUUUACCGAGUACCACGAAGGCUUUCGCCGACAAGUAGAGGUCUGGCCCGAGAAUCCUGUGGACGGUUAUAUUCGCAUAAUCAAGGCACGAGGCAAAGUCCGAGGACCAGUUCGGAAAGGUGAAGCAGAGGUAGCACCAGCAGCAGUCACAUUACCUCGAACUGAAGGAACAUGUCACAUUGCCGAUUUAGGAUGUGGAGAUGCUGCACUAUCGGCGGCUUUACAGAAGGAUUGCAAGAAGCUCGGGCUCAAAAUUCAUAGCUUUGACCUUUAUUCUCCCCAUCCUCUGGUUACGAAAGCAGAUAUCGCGGAUCUUCCUCUCAAAGAUGGUAGUGUCGAUAUUGCAAUCUUCUGCCUUGCCCUCAUGGGUACAAACUGGAUUGAUUUUAUCGAAGAAGCCUUCCGAAUUCUGCGAUGGAAAGGAGAGCUCUGGAUUGCUGAAAUCAAAUCUCGUUUUGGUCGUGUUGGGAAGGGAGGGCGAGUAGAACACAGCGUAGGAAAUCGGCAGCGCAAGCUGCAGUCUCCUUCUAAAAAAGAGAAGCAAAAGGCCGAGGAUGAAGCAGCAAAAGGACAUGACACAGCCCUGAUGGUAGAAGUGGAUGGAAACGAUGACAUGAAAGUGGAAACGGACGUCAGUGCAUUUGUCGAAGUCCUACGUAAGCGAGGAUUUCUGCUGAAGGGGGAGGAUGCGAGGGGUGAGAAACCGAUUGAUUUAAGCAACAAGAUGUUUGUGCGUAUGCAUUUUGUCAAGAGUCAGACUCCAUUGAAGGGCAAGUGUGUACCAGUUCCCGAGGGUAUGAGUGAGAUGGGACUGGAAACUUGGAAGAGUAAGAAACCAAAGAAGUUUCUCGAGGCUGAGGGCGACAAGGGCGAUGUACCGAUUUCUAGCGAAGCAGCUGUUUUGAAGCCUUGUGUUUAUAAGCUGAGAUGA